UUCAUUGCCUUUGCCUCCUUAUUCUUCAUCCUAGUUUCAAUCACAACCUUUUGCCUGGAAACACAUGAAGCUUUCAAUACUAUCAUAAACAAAACUGAACAGGUCAUCAAUGGAACAGAAACUGUGCUACAGUAUGAAAUUGAGACAGAUCCUGCUCUGACAUACGUGGAAGGAGUCUGCGUGGUGUGGUUUACAUUUGAAUUUUUAGUACGUGUUGUUUUUUCCCCCAACAAACUUGAAUUCAUCAAAAACCUCUUGAACAUCAUUGACUUUGUGGCCAUCCUACCCUUUUACCUAGAAGUGGGCCUGAGCGGGCUCUCCUCCAAAGCUGCUAAGGACGUGCUUGGUUUCCUCAGGGUGGUAAGGUUUGUGAGAAUCCUGCGAAUCUUCAAGCUCACCCGGCACUUUGUGGGACUCAGGGUGCUGGGCCACACUCUGAGAGCCAGCACCAAUGAAUUUUUGCUGCUGAUAAUAUUCCUGGCACUUGGUGUUUUGAUAUUUGCCACCAUGAUCUACUACGCAGAGCGGGUGGGAGCCCAGCCUAAUGACCCGUCGGCGAGUGAACACACACAGUUCAAAAACAUCCCUAUCGGCUUCUGGUGGGCUGUAGUCACCAUGACCACCCUGGGAUAUGGGGAUAUGUAUCCACGGACUUGGUCAGGCAUGCUGGUGGGAGCCUUGUGCGCACUGGCGGGAGUGCUCACCAUAGCCAUGCCUGUGCCUGUGAUUGUUAACAAUUUUGGGAUGUACUACUCCUUGGCCAUGGCAAAGCAGAAACUGCCGAGGAAGCGGAAGAAGCACAUCCCUCCUGCUCCUCAAGCCAGCUCACCCACCUUCUGCAAGACGGACUUGAACAUGGCCUGCAAUAGCACACAGGGAGAUAUCUGCCUGGGCAAGGACAACCAGCUGAUGGAGCACAACAGAUCAUCAGUGUUAUCAGGUGAAGACAGUGCAGGAAGUGAGCAGCCACUCUCACCUGGUGAAAGGCUCCCUCCCAUCAGACGCUCUAGUACCAGAGACAAAAACAGAAGAGGGGGAACAUGUUUCCUACUGACAACAGGUGAUUACACGUGUACUACUGAUGGAGGGAUCAGGAAAGUGUUGUACAGAAUUUAUCAUGGAUUUUUGACUGCUGAAAAAGGGACAAUGGAAUUUAGCCAUACCAAGGACUGUACUGGAAAGAGACUGCUGCUGUUGAAUGGGCCCUGAUAAACAACUCACGCCUUGAGGAGGUCACUGAGACUUUACAUGGGAAGUAGAGCUUGUUAAAGAAGAUUAAAGACUGCUCAUAAUUACUGCUGCCAGAGGAAGGGGUGACUAGUCACUGUUGAUGAGUCAGCUGUAAAUAAAACGUGUGUGCAUGGAAUAUCAGUUUUUAUCUAUAUCAAGGAAAGCUGAAUUUAAGUCAUCAUCGCUAAAGCUCCAUGCAAAGACCCUCACCCCUGUGUAUAUUCUUCCUGGUUCCUGCAGUAAGUUGUGCUGUGGAUCAUACAAAGACACACACUUAAUAAUGAUAGUGAUGUAAACUACAUCUGUCUUGACUUCCGUCAUAAUAAUGGUAUAUUUUGCAAAGGUCACAAAUAUGAACAGAGUAGGUUUGCGUUAAUCCUUGCUUUCUCAGUUUGCCAUGACCUAUAUUUAUAUGAAUUCUAGUGUACAUGCCAAGUCUUAAGUUUACUUUUCACUUUGAUAACAGAAAUGUGACUGCAGACAAACAUCACUGACUUUGUUCACAGCACACAGUCUUCUUUCAUUGUUACCUCAAACUAUAAGUAUUAUGAG